AUGGUAAUUGCGGAAAUCGAAUUCAUCAUACAAUAUAAGAUAGGCAACCAAGGAAGUAUAAGUAAAAGGUCAAAACGGGAACAUUCUUUCAGUGAUAAAGUGAAGAAAGUUGUACAGUAUCUAAUAAAUUCUAUUUUUUAUCUUUUCAGAUUUUGUAUGGUUUUCACGUGUCUGGUGCUCAGUGUUUUUUCAACAAUCAAGGAUUUCGAAGAUAUAGCUGGUGCCAUAUUACUAAGAAUGGAAAUAGUGAUGGUAAUCUGGUUUACCAUCGAGUUCUUCUGUCGCCUGUGGUCGGCAGGGUGCCGGUCCAGGUACCAGGGUUGGAUGGGAAGGCUCCGGUUUCUCCGGAGCCCGUUUUGUGUGAUAGAUGUGAUCGUCAUCGUGGCUUCGGUCGUGGUGCUGGCUAUGGGGAGCAGCGGCCAGAUGUUCGCGGCUUCGGCCUUGCGAGGCCUUCGGUUCUUCCAAAUCCUCCGAAUGGUGCGCAUGGACAGGCGAGGGGGCACCUGGAAGCUGCUCGGAUCUGUCGUCUACGCGCACCGACAGGAGCUCAUCACAACUUUGUACAUUGGAUUUCUAGGACUUAUUUUUUCUUCAUUUCUUGUAUUUCUCGCCGAGAAAGAUGUCAACCCUGUAAAGUUUGGUAAUUUUGCUGACGCCCUUUGGUGGGGUGUGAUCACCUUAUGUACAGUAGGUUAUGGUGAUACAGUGCCUGUCACGUGGCCCGGGAAGUUGAUUGCCUCUUUCUGCGCUCUCAUGGGAAUCUCCUUCUUUGCUCUACCAGCUGGCAUCCUGGGUUCUGGAUUUGCGCUCAAGGUCCAACAGCAGCAGCGUCAAAAGCACAUGAUCCGACGGCGUGUGCCGGCUGCUACUCUGAUCCAGUGCCUGUGGAGGUGCUAUGCCGCCGAUGAGAACUCAAUGUCCGUGGCCACUUGGAAGAUACACCAAGUUCCCUUACCCAGUCCUCCCACCUAUGCCUCCGGGUCAUUCACGAGCACAAAGAGAAAAGAUAGACUGGACCUGCCUGCGACUGGAGGAGGCAUUUUGUUCAAGCACAAUACGUCUUUCGUGAGCAGGCUGUCCACGAUCCGUCGGCACCGGCAGCCCGCCACUCCCUCCCAUCUGCAUUCCCCGAUGUCCCGAAGCCGCUACCACUGCGACUCCAACGCAAGCGCGGACAACGUCGUCCAUUCGGGGAGGCUUCCGGCCAGCUUCAGCGAGGACAGCGUCACCAGGGACAUCUCUGAUGCCUCAAAGCGAAAUUCGGACGAUUGCUGUGCCGAAGACGGGACCACUCCUUUUGGCCUCUGCGUGUUGCUCCAGAAAGAAUUCACCAACCCACCGUUCCUAGCCCUGUCGCCUGGCUUUAGGUCGGCUCCUGACACAGACGAGGAACCUGAAGAACCUAGGCUUACCGUACUGACGAAACAGCAUAAAAACGCUAUUCGUUCACUUCGGAAGAUAAAGUAUUUUGUAGCGCGGAGGAAAUUUAAGGAGGCCCUGAAGCCUUACGAUGUGAAAGACGUCAUCGAACAAUACUCAGCGGGCCACGUUGAUCUCCUGGGUCGAACAAAAAACAUUCAAUGCAGGCUCGACCAAAUUCUUGGAAAAGUAGGAUCCAAAGCCAAGGACGUUUAUGAAUCUAAAAUAAGCCUCGCAUCCAGAAUUGUCAAAGUGGAAAGGGCGGUGGAGGACAUCGAGUCUAAGCUGGACCAGCUGAUGGAGAUGUACAUGGAGGACCGUGCCCGGCUGUUGGCCGUGCCCACGGUGCCCCCCGCGGGACUCAACCUGCGCCACCACCCUCCGCCACCCCCUCCGCCCUCGGCGGCCCCGUCCCUGGCCCCGUCGCCGCCCCUGCCCCCGCCGGCUCCCGCGCCGACUUCCACGACCCCGCCUUCGGUACACCCGCAGAGCGCGCUCGCCCGUGCCUCUCUGCUGGACAAGCAGUGCAGCGAGCCCAACACGCCCGUGGCCAAGACCUUCGAGCGCCCCACCGUAAUGCAGAGGGGAAACUCGGACCUGGGCUCCAGGCUCCGCCGGAAGGUGGCCCUCAGACACACGGCAGCAGCGACGGCGGACAGCGACCCGACGCUGUCCGGCACGGGAGGUUGCCCCCCGUGCAUCCGCGCCAGCACGCUGGCGACCGAGAUGGAGAGCCUGGCGGCCAGCGACGACGACGACGAUGGCACCGACGACGACGACGUCAGUGUUGUGACUGUGUCCGUCACGGAGACGGCGGCACUUCUCAGACCCACGUUCCACAAUUUCACAGCCUGA